AGAACGCCCUCUCUUAGUCCUUGUCGCUCCGACGAGAGCUCACCCGCAAUACCAUUUACCAUAACCCCGCCACCGCUGUCCUACGAUUAUCCCUUGCAGGAAUCCGACACUCAGCGCUCGAACACGAUGCCAGCCCCAAUUGACAUCACGUCUCGACCCCAGCAGUCGGGACAGCCGAAGUCUAACCUCACGAGCCAGCUCCGCGCCGCCGGCGGAAUGCCCAUGCAGAUGCCGAUGCUCCAGGACCCUUACGGCGCGCGACCGGGCAGCAUCUCUCACGGUAAUGGCAUUCCGAUGUCCAGCUCGCGGCUGCGACGAGAAAGCAUGGUGAACGGGGAUCUGGCUCGGAGUCUCAUGAACAACGGCGGAAUGAGCUGGGGAGGAGUGAGCGUUGGAAGCUGGAUCAGGGACGACAUCAUGAUGACAGGAACUUCACCAUUCACAUUCCAAUCGCCAUCGUAUCAUUCCUCUUCGUAUUUGCCCAAGCUGGAGGCCGAAUUCUGUCGUGAUUUUUCCUGCUGCGGUCUCCCGUUGCCGUCGCUGCACGAUCUGCUUCGACACUACGAGGAGCAUCAUGCCCAGCAGAUGCCUAUAAAUAAUGAGAACGACAACCAAGAGGGGCAUGGCGGGCGCGGCGCUCAUGACGGCAACAGGCAGCAAUCCCGGCACGCUCAACAGCAGAACGCCGGGAUAACAAGUCCUAUCGGGGGGAUUGGCAGCAUCCAGUACGAAAUGAUGCGCCAACAGCAGAUGCAGCGCCAGAGGCAGCAGGAAGAGGAGCGGGGAAACCACCAGCAGGACGACCAGCCGGAAGGGGAGAUCGCGGGAGAUAUGGAAAUGGAUGACGAAAUGACACCUCCGCCAAACAAUGUCGCCCCACCACUAACACCGCAAGCGCAUCUUGGCCAGCAGCAGCAGCAGCACUACUCUCUGCCUCAGACCCCCGUGGCGCUGACCAUGCCCUCAUAUCACAACACUCCGAACAUGGCAUCCGCACAGCUGCCACACGCGACCAAGCAGCCCUCGCAUUUCUCGCCCGAGUCAUCUGUCCCCGGUACGCCACUCGCUUCCGAUUCGAUGGAGUAUGCCUUCCCUCAGGGUCUGGGCGGGUUCUCGAACCAGCAGCAAUUCAACACCAACCUCAAUUACAGCACCGGCAUGGAAGCGACGGGCGAUAUGGCUCUGAACCUGUGUAUCGACGAGCCCGCUAAGCGUCUCUACAGCCCCGGAGGACAGACCCUCGGCGUGUACUCUCAGGCGCAGAUGCAGCCGUACAUGGCCAACAACGGAGGCAACGACAUGAACAAGAAGCUCGCCGACACCGGAGCGGCCCAAGUGCCCACGAUGCCAGCUGCGCUGAUGCAGGCAGAGGACAAGCCGUUCAAGUGCCCUGUGAUUGGAUGUGAGAAGGCUUACAAGAACCAGAAUGGUCUCAAGUAUCACAAGGCACACGGGCACACGAACCAACAGCUGCACGACAACGCCGACGGAACCUUUUCGAUAGUGAAUCCGGAGACCUCUGCACCGUACCCUGGCACCCUGGGCAUGGAGAAGGAGAAGCCGUAUCGAUGCGAGUACUGCGGCAAACGAUACAAGAACCUCAACGGGCUCAAGUAUCACCGCUCCCAUUCGACCCAUCCGAAUGCGACGGGGCUUCCUGGGACCGUGGGGAUGCCGCAAAUGUCGCAACAACCGCUCCCUGGUGGUGUGGUUGCUGUGGCGGGUGGUAUGGGAGACGCCGGAAUGGGCAUGCCAUAGACGACAAGCAUGGGAUCAUUUAUAUUCAACAUAUGUCCUGCGUACAUCUUUCCCUGUCAACACCUGGGGCAUAUAACGCUUUGAUUUACGGUUUUUCUCCACGAACACUCGAUGUGCCCGGUUGGCACUCUGGAGGGGCGGCUUUCGUGCAAUUUGGUUUGGUCAUUGCUUUUCUCGGUUCACCUUCACGUGGCUUCUCUUCAGCUCGUUUCGAGUGGGCCCCUCUCAUCAUCCCGGGAUCGCGGUGGGGGUCUACUGGCUUCUUGGUGUAUCGGCCGGUGGCGGCACAUAUUCUU